UGAGCAUUUUUAAUCAGAUGUGGGUGUAAUUAAAUCGAUUAUCAUAAUAAUGUUAAAAUAAAGGAAUCAAUACAAAGAGAAAAAUUGCCUUGGAAUCUUCCUUCUUCAAUAUAUUACGAUUGAUGAUGAAUCCAUUCGAUGAUGAGAAUGAUUAUGAUUCAACAUUGGAUCCAUUUGAUGCGAAUGAUGUUGAUGAAUCCGAAAAGAAUACGAAUCCUUUUGAUGAAUCUACGAAUCCGUUCGAUGAAUCAAUUGCAAUUGAAACACCCGAAAUAUCAAAUGAACAAUAUCAAUUAAUAGGUAAUGGUUCAUUACAAGCUGAAGGCCUUCUUUGUCCUGAUUGUAUGGAAGAAUAUCGUACUAUUACAGAAUUAAUGUCACAUUUCGAUAAUGAUCAUCGUCAAUAUCAACAACAACAACAAUCAAAUUCUAGCAAAAAUUCGAUUGGCAAAAAAAAUCUUUCAAAAGAUCAGAUAAAAGAUUUUGUACGAAAAAUUAUCAUUCAAACAAAUAAAUUAUCAACAACAACAACCGUACAACAAGAUAAUAGUAAAAUAUCUUCGGAAAUAAAUGAUUAUAGAAUCACGUCGCCAAUCGAUUCAUGGAAAUAUUCAAUGUCCUUAGGUAUGAUACGUUCACAUUGGAAUGAUUAUCAUAAUAUACGUGAUAAACAAAUAGAACGUUAUGUAUUUGAAACAAACAAAUUACUCAUACGAUUGGAUCGAUUAAUGCAAGGAUAUUCAACAUUAUUAUUAUCAUCAACAAUGGAUAUUGAUAAUCGUCGUCGUCAUGAACAAUCUAUUGUUGAAUGGUUAGAUGAACGUUCGGUUCCACUUUGUCCAUCAUGUGCUUGUAAAUUUAAUAUUAUUUUAAAAAAACGUCAUCAUUGUCGUCUAUGUGGUGCAGUCAUGUGUUCAAAAUGUUCAAAAUUUAUUACAUUCAAAUUUGCUGAUGAAUUAUUGAAACCAUUUGGUUUUAAUGGUUCAUCAUCAGCCAAUGAUCAUCAUCAUCAUCCUAAUAACAAUACAUCACCAUCAAUAUCGAUGCUAAAAUUACGUACAAUAUUGGCUAAAUCGAUCAAUUAUGAUGAUGAUGAUAAUAAUUUAGAUUUGGAAAAUUCAAUAGAAUCGAUUCGUAUUUGUAACGAUUGUUAUCGUCUACUUAUUUUACGGCGUGAUAAAUUUCAACGUUCACAUUAUCAAUGUCCAUUAAUUGAAAUUUAUACAAAACUUAGAGAAUCGAUUCAACAACUUGAUCAAUUAUUAUCAAUCUAUGAUCGUAUGGCUGAUUCUCUUAACUUAGGUGAAACAACAUAUCAGCUACAGGAUGCAAUCGAUGUUAAAAAUAAACUAACAAAAUUAGGCGAAGAAAUUGAUUUUAUAAGCCGUAAGAUUGAAACAUAUGAUGAAUCGACAGAUACAUUAUCUCAACAACAACGACAAAAAUCAAUACAAACAUUAAUUCGUCGUUCAACUAUACAUUAUUUACGUGAAAAUUUAUUAUCAUUAAAUGAAUUACCCGAUUCGGAACAUUAUGAACAAUUAAAACAAUCACAUAAUGAAAUGAUUGAACGAAGAAUUCAAUACGAAAAACAGAUGGCAUUAUACGAACAGGAACAAUAUAAAAAACAACAAGAAAAAAUUAUUGAAAAAACUAUUGUCGGUAAUGAUGGAUUCUGUCCGCAACAGAUAAAUUUAAUCAAUGAAAAAGGGGUCAAUAGGAAUGGUGAUAAUAAUAAACAAUUUGAUGAUCCAAUUCUACAACAAAUGGCUAUUAUACAAUCAUAUAUUGAACAGGCACGGAAAGAUAAUCGCUAUGAAGAGAUGCGUCUAUUAGAAUCUAAUCUUAAAGAAUUAGAAAUUGAGUAUUUUUUUGUUCAACAACAACAAAAUAGUGAAAAACUAUCAUCACAAAUGCCAUCAUCAUCAUCAUCUGUAUCAUUAUCAUUGAAUCCAUUCGGUGAUCUUGAUGAUUAAAUGGAUUAUACAAUAAUUGCUGU